AUGCCGUCUUCAACGACAGACUCCGUGGCAUCCACAACCAAGACCACUGGUGAUCUGAAGGAACCAACUGCGAACCAUCCUAAUUAUCCCUCUGCCAGUCCCUACCAUGCAGAGCUCGAACCUGUGACUUCGCGGACAGGCGCACACAACCUGCCUGACCCGGGUGAGGAACCGGAUGCCGAACUUGAAAAGGCACUUGAUCAGCAUGAGAAACCUCCGCCAGCUCUUGACCCCAGUGCGUUUCCCGAUGGAGGCGCGAAGGCUUGGUUGGCCGUUCUCGGUGGAUUCUUCUGCAUGUUCUGCAGUUUCGGCUGGAUUAAUUGCAUUGGUGUUUUCCAGGACUAUUAUACCACGCACAUGUUGAAGCAAUACUCGCCGAGUGUCGUUGCAUGGAUUCCAUCCCUCGAAGCCUUCAUGAUGUUCUUUGGCGGUCCAUUUAUCGGUGCCAUUUACGACAACUUUGGGCCCCGCUACCUCCUCUUGGCCGGAAGCUUCUUCCACGUCUUCGGCAUCAUGAUGACUUCCCUUGCAAAGAAAUACUACCAGUUCAUCCUCGCUCAGGGAAUCUGCAGUGCCCUCGGUGCUAGCUGCGUCUUUUACCCAGCCAUGACAUGUGUCAGCACUUGGUUCUUCAAAAAGCGUGCCCUCGCCAUGGGAAUCAUGGCCAGUGGAUCCAGCUUGGGCGGUGUCAUCUUUCCCAUCAUGGUCGAGCAUCUCAUUGGUGACGUCGAUUUUGGAUGGACUAUGCGAAUCUGCGGUUUCUUGAUCCUUGCUCUACUUACUAUCUCGAAUGCCACUUUGACAUCGCGCCUUCCGCCAACGCGCAAGCCAGUGGUCCUCUCGGACUUUGUCACACCUUUCACCGAAGUACCAUUUGUGCUGGUGACUUUUGGUGGCUUCCUCUUCUUCUUCGGCAUGUUCUUGCCCUUCAACUUUGUCAUCAGUGAGGCCGUCGAGAUUGGCAUGUCUCAACGCCUGGCAGGAUAUCUGCUUGCUGUGCUCAAUGCCGAUAGUACCUUUGGCCGUAUCAUCCCGGGAUACCUUGGUGACAAGCUCGGACGUUUUAACGUCCUGACAGUCAUGUCAUACUUUGCCGGUAUCUUGGUUCUGGCUCUCUGGUUGCCUGCCAAGGCCAAUGCGCCAAUCAUCGUCUUCUCCGGCCUAUAUGGUUUUGCUUCUGGAGCAUUUGUCUCCAUGAUUCCCGCCUGCGUCGCUCAGAUCUCGGAUAUUCGCAAGAUUGGUGUCCGUAAUGGCGCUCUCUUCGCUGUUGUCUCCUUUGCCGCUCUCACUGGCAGUCCUAUUGGUGGCGCCCUGGUGUCGCACCACCAUGGCUCCUAUAAGCAGCUGCAGAUCUUCGCCGGUGUCAUGCUCCUUGCCGGCAGCACUUGCUUCCUCAUGGCCCGAAUGGUCCUGGCAGGACCCACGCUCAAGAAGGUCUAA